AUGUAGCCCGGCAUAAGUUAAUCUUAAUUAACCAAGCAUACCAUUGUCUAGAUAACAAAAAUACAGAAACACAAAAAACUAAAAAACUGUGUGUCCAGGAUGACUCAGAGCUCAAAAGAUGACGCGUUAGCCGAAAUGGAUUUGAUCUUUCUGGACACCAUACUGCCAAGGUGCUGCAAGGACAUUACCACCACUCAAGCGUUCUACAAGGACUACACGGGCGAUAAGCCUAACCGAACCGUCACCGCGUUUCGGCGGCAAACGGAUCCUGCUCUGAUUUCGGGCCAUUACGCAAACAAUCUGAAAGUUCGGGGGCAGGAGUUGAAGACGAGGACAUGGCCACGAUCCAUGGACUGGCGUGAGGAGUACGCCCAGUUCGUCAAGCGCAACAAGUGGUGCAACGAGGAGAUUUACAAGCUCUUUUUUGUGCACCCGCCCGUCGACUACCACCAAAUCAAGGAAUAUCUCCGGGACCUGCUCAAAACUACGUACAUCUCGGACUACUCACCCAACCAGUACAAGUCGCUCAAAAGCCAGCGAAAGCAAAGAAUACGGCUCGACGCUGACGGCAUUGACUAUCAGACGACCUAUGGCAAUUAUCACAACCGCAUUCAGGAGGAGGAUCCGUUCAAGUCGAACCUUAUUCUGGAACCAGAGCCAAGUAGCAAGAAGAUGGACAUUGACAAAUUUGCCAAGGAGAUGCGCAAACUGUUCACCAAGUACAAUCUUACCACAUAUUACGACACUAUCUGCCUCCCAGCGUUGAUAAAGGCCAAGGAUGGUAUAAUGCCAUCGGGACCGAUCGAUCGCUACACCCUUCGCAAGCAUUAAAUGGAACUCAGUUCACCGCGAUAAUUGCUUAGGGUUCGUAAAAUUUUACUGAUAUAGCAAUUGUGAUUAAAUAAAUACGCAUUACCCGUUA